GAAGGAAGGAAGGAAAGGGUCAACAAGUCAAAGGCAAGGCAAGGGAAGGGAAGGGAAGGGAAGCGAGCGCAUCUCCCUCCACCAGCCGCCACCGGCAUCUCCACCGUCACCGGCACCGGCACCGGGCAGGCGGACAGAUCCCCCUUUCCCCUCGACCGGAAUCGGAAUUGGGUCAAAGAGAAGAAGCAAGAUCCAGAAGUGCUCUGCUCUGCUCUGCUGCCGGCCGGCCAAGAUCCAACCUUGUACCAGCGAAGGGAAGGGGAAGGGAAGGGAGGAUGCUGCGGCGGCACAAGGGAAGGGAAUCGGCGUCGUCGUCGGAUUCCACCUUCUACCAGCUGCGCCCCGACUGCGCCCACAACGUCCCCGACACCAAGUUCAAGAUCAAGAUUGGCAAGACGCUGAGCGUACGCAAAUGGCACGCCGCCUUCACGCACCACGGAUCCCUCCACAUCGCCUCUGUUCUAAACCGGAUUCAGAGCGGGGGUGUGCACCCUGCAAUCAGGGGAGAGGUCUGGGAGUUCCUGCUCGGCUGCUUCGAUCCCGACAGCACAUUCGAUGACCGCGACCACAUCAGGCAAGCAAGAAGGAUACAGUAUGCUAGAUGGAAGGAACAAUGCAAACACAUGGAUCCUCACGUCGGCAGCGGCAAAAUCAUCACCGCCCCCAUCAUAACCGAGGAUGGCGUGCCUAUCAAGGACCCUUUGGUUUUACUUGAAGCCGCCACUCCAGACCAGCAAGCUAGUUUGAUCAGCACCAAGAAUGGAGAUGAGGCCGACCACCGCCUCACGGAUAAACAGACUAUCGAAUGGAAGCUUACGCUGCACCAAAUCGGUCUUGAUGUUCUUCGCACUGACCGCUCCAUGGUCUUCUACGAGAAGAAAGAAAAUCUCUCCAAGUUAUGGGAUAUUCUAGCUGUCUAUGCAUGGAUCGACAAAGAAGUUGGGUAUUGCCAAGGAAUGAGUGAUUUAUGCUCACCGAUGAUAGUGCUACUCAAUGAUGAAGCAGACGCGUUUUGGUGCUUUGAGAGACUCAUGCGUAGACUGCGCGGGAAUUUCAGAUGCACACAGCAAUCCGUUGGGGUUGAGAACCAGCUUCAGCACCUUGCCUCUAUCAUUCAGGUGCUGGACCCAAAGUUACAUGACCACCUCGAAACACUUGGCGGAGGCGACUAUCUCUUUGCAUUCCGCAUGUUCAUGGUAUUGUUUCGCCGUGAACUGUCAUUUGGGGACUCCUUGUACCUUUGGGAGAUGAUGUGGGCUCUAGAAUAUGACCCUGACAUGUUCUCCACAUAUGAAGAGAGCGGGCCUGCAACUGACAGAAGUGCUCAAGGAUAUAAACCAAGAGUAAAAUCAACCCGUCAGUUUGGCAAGUACGAGAGGGCGAAUAUGAAGAGUGCUACUAACGGUGUUGAUGGGCCUGUCCCUAUUUCUGUUUUCCUGGUUGCUAGUGUAUUGAAAGAGAACAGUCAGAAGCUGUUGCAAGAAGCCCGGGGAUUAGAUGACAUCAUUAGGAUAUUGAACAAUGUGAAUGGGAACUUGGAUGCAAAGAAGGCUUGCGCUGGUGCACUGAAACUUCACGCCAAGUACCUUAGAAAGAUGCAGGGAAAGAAAGCCUAACAUAGCACAGACACACCGACACUUCCCCUGGACAUGGACACGGUCUCACAAUUGUACCACCUGGACACGGACUCAAAAUUGUAUGUAAAUUUGGAUGCAGAGCUUUGUUGUUUGGAAACGUUGAAGUUUCAGAUAUGCGCCAGCCAACCAACCAACCAACCAACCGGUAAAAUGUGCAUAAGCAAGUCAAGUGUAUUUUUCUUGGUUUUCCAAGUGUAAGAAAGAUUCUUUCUUUAUUUUUGCUCAAAAGAAGAAGAGUUCAUUUUAAUGUGUAAUUAAUUAUGUCAUUGUUAUCAAAGGAAAAAAGGAAAAGGGAUAAUUAAAGGAAAACAUAUGUUUUUAUGUC